AUGCUCUCCCUUAACAUGCUGGUUGGCCUUGCAUUUCUGGCCGCAGUGUCUACGGCUGACGAUUGGGCCCAACAUGUUGAUGUCUUUAUGGGAACACAAAACGGUGGAAAUGACUUUCCGGGAGCUGCAAGGCCUUUUGGUAUGGUCAAGUUGGGACCUGAUCUACUUCAGCAGGGUGCCGAUGCAUACGCUGGCUAUCUCCCCGGAGGAGAGUUCUCGGGCUUCAGCUUGAUGCAUGAGCAGGGGACGGGUGGCGCUCCCAAGUAUGGUACAGUCUCUCAGCUGCCCCUGGUAGGCCACAUUGAGGAUCCCCUGUCCAACAUCACCGUGCCUCGCGCAGGAGCCGAUACAGGCUCCGUCGGGUACUAUCAAGCGCAUACGGCAGAGGGCGUGGAGGUUGAGCUGAGUGCUUCUGCUCGAGCCGGUAUUUAUCGAUACUCGUUCCCUCGGGACUCGGACGAGGAGAACCACGUGCUUGUGGAUGUCUCCCAUGUGCUUCCGUCGUUUCGCGGACAGGGCUUAGGACAGCACUAUGAGGGUGGAAACCUGACCGUCUUUGCGGACGGUCAUUAUGAGGGUCACGGGAUAUACAACAAUGGAUGGAACGAGGCUCCCGACUGGACAAUCUACUUCUGCGGCUACUUCGAGUCCAAUGCAACCAGCAACAAGACAUUUGUGGCUGCGGGUGCCAGCCCGAGUGUCGAACAACCGGGGGGAUUUGUCUCUUCCGACUCGGAGACAGUUCGUAUCGGUGCCCUCUUCACCUUUAGCGACGACGAAGUGAUAUCUCGAGUCGGCAUCUCGUGGAUUUCCUCCGACCAAGCGUGCCGGAACGUGAAUAACGAGAUUCCCUCUGGAACCGAGUUUGCCGCCGUUGUCAGCGAUGCUGUCGCCGAAUGGAAUGCCAAAGUCUUGUCGAAGAUCCAGACGACCAACACGAAUGAGACAAGCCUCAGUUUGCUGUAUACAUCUCUGUACUUUAUGCAUCUCAUCCCGACAAACCAAACCGGUGAGAAUCCCGGAUGGCAGUCGGAGGAGCCAUAUUAUCAAGACAUUUUCACUUUCUGGGACCUCUUCCGUUGUGGAACAGCUUUGAUGCAGGUCCUGCAACCGACUGCCUAUGAGGAGCAGAUUCGAUCGCUCGUUGAUAUUUGGCGAAAUGAGGGCUAUCUGCCUGAUGCACGAUCAUCCAACUACAACGGCCGCACCCAAGGCGGCUCCAAUGCGGACAAUGUCCUGGCCGAUGCAUAUGUCAAGGGCGUCCGAGGAUCCGUCAACUGGGAGGAUGCAUACCGAGCCAUGGUCAAGGACGCUGAAGUAGCCCCGUCGAAUACCCCCGUCGACCACAUGGCCACCGACUCGUCCACGCACGAAGGUCGAGGCGCGCUGCCCGACUGGCUUGAAUUGGGAUACAUCACCCCCAAGUUCAGUCGGGCCGUCAGUCGGGCUGUGGAGUAUGCGGCCAACGACUUCAGCCUCUAUCAAGUAGCAGCGGGACUGGGGAAAGGAGAAGAUGCCGAAAAGUAUCUCAACCGCUCACGGAAUUGGCGCAAUCACUGGAACCCGAAGCAAUCGUCGCUGGGCUUUGCGGGCUUUGUUGUCCCGCGGAACACCACCGGCUUCAUCGCAACGGAUCCGCUGGGUGACAGCGGCUACUGGGCAGAUCCUUAUUACGAGGCCAACUCCUGGGCGUAUUCCUGGGCCGACGUGCACGACAUGAAGCAUCUCGUGGAGCUGAUGGGAGGCCCCGAGACGGUCGUCAAGCGGCUCGAGACCAUGUUUACCGAUGGCGCCAAAGGAUCACCAGGCAUCAUCUUUGAUCCCACGAAUGAACCAAUGUUCAACAUCCCUUAUCUCUACCACUACGUCGGACACUCGGACUUUUCUGUCCGUCAGUCCCGCAGCGUGGCCAAGCGCUUCUAUUCCACUGGGCCCACGGGACUCCCCGGUAACAGCGACGGCGGUGCCAUGCAGACGUGGCUGUUAUGGAACAUGAUCGGGUUGUAUCCCAUCACGGGCCAGACCACCUUCCUGAUCCAUUCGCCGUGGUUUGAUUCCAUGACCAUCGAUCUCGGCGACAGCAAGCAACUGAUCAUCCUUUCCUCCGGUGGUGAUGGCAACGGCGAUGAGAAUAUCCACGUGCAGGGGGUCACUGUCAACGGCCAACCGUGGACAAAGAACUGGUUGACGUGGGACGAUAUCUUUGCCGACGGAGGGGUGCUGGAGUUCCGGCUGGGUCCUACGCCGGUGCAGUGGGCAACUGGCGAGUUGCCUCCGAGUCCCGCGUCCGAGUGA